AUGGCUGAGGCUAUGCGUGAAACGGCGACUGCUACUACCCGAGCAGUUAACCGUCUGGGGGAACGUAAUGGAGAGCGUAACAAUGACCGUAACGGUGAGAAUGGUGGGAACGGUGAUGGAGAUAACAUGAAUCAUGAUAGGCCUAUGACAUUAGCUGCUUUCUUGAAAGUUAAUCCACCGAAGUUCAAGGGUAGGACUGUAGCAACUGAAGCUGAUAAUUGGUUCCGAGGCAUAGAAAGGUCCUUGAGGGCACAACAUGUCCCGGAAGAACAGUAUGUAGAAUUUGCUACUUAUAUGUUGGAAGGGGAUGCUCAGCACUGGUGGCAAGGCAUUCAACGUUUACUGCAGCAAGAUGAGGGUAAUAUUUUGUGGAAUAUUUUCAAAGAAGAGUUCUAUAAGAAGUACUUUCCUAGAGCUACUCGUGAGGCAAAGGAGAUGGAGUUGAUACAAUUAAAACAAGGAAGUAUGUCUGUUGCUGAGUAUACAAGGAAGUUUGAAGAUUUAUGUCGUUUUUCCAAGGUUUGUCAAGGGAAUCCAGCAGAUUUUGAAGAGUGGAAAUGUUUGAAAUUUGAAGGAGGACUCCGUGAAGAUUUGUUGAACUCAGUGGUUCCAUUGGAAAUACGGAAUUUUGCGGAGUUGGUUAAUAAGAGUCAGCUAGUAGAGGACUGUGCUAAGAAGAUAGCUGCAGCUCGGAUGAAUCGCCCAGGAUCUUCCUUUCAUAAUUAUAAUCGGUAUACAAUUCCUCAGGGAAGGAAUUUUAAGCAGGGAGCAAUGCCUUUACGAAGGUACAAUCAGAAUAGAAAUGUUCAUGCACGUCCUACAGGAUGGAAUGGAGGAAGAAUGAGACAGGAUAUGGGUAAGCGACCUCAGCAGGCGCAGAUGCGACCACCUGGACAUAUGGCUAAGGACUGUCUGAAGAAGCCAGUACAAGGAAUAGAUAGGCUGCGACAGCAAGGACGUGUGUUUGCUAUGACUGCUGAUGACGCAAUGAAAUCAGACUCCCUAAUCCAAGGUCAGUGUUAUGUCAAAUCUCGACUCUUAACUGUACUGUAUGACUCUGGUGGAUCACAUUCAUUUAUUUUUGAGACUGUUGCGCAUGAGUUGGGAUUAGAUUUCACCAUGUUAGAUUAUAAUCUAAUUGUUCGUACACCCACAUCUCAAAAUGCCUUGACUAGUCAAGUAUGUCAACAGGUGCCUUUUGUUAUUGAGGCUAGGACUUUUAUACAUGACCUGGUUUGUUUGCCUUUGUGUGGUUUAGAUUUUAUCUUAGGUUUAGAUUGGUUUUCUAAGCAUCAUGUUUUCCUUGAUUGUUUUAAACGAAUUGCUAUAUUUCCAUCAUCUAAAAUGCACACUGAACCAGUUGAGUCUUGUACUUUCUAUUUGAAUUCCCUAAGAGUUAUUUCUAGUAAUAGUGGGUUAGAGGGUUACGUUCUACUAUCGGCUAGCUCAGAAACUAAUGAACAAGGCUUGGAGCAAAUCCGAGUGGUGAAGGAAUUUCCUGAUGUUUUUCCGGAUGAUAUACCUGAGUUUCCACCUCAGAGAGAGAUAGAGUUUAGUAUUGAGCUGGUUCCUGGAGCCGGACCAAUUUCUAUAGCACCGUAUCGGAUGUCACCGUUGGAACUAGCAGAGUUAAAGAAGCAGUUGGAUGAAUUGCUGGGGAAGAAGUUUAUUCGUCCGAGUGUAUCACCAUGGGGAGCUCCAGUGUUACUAGUAAAGAAGAAUGAUGGUGGAAUGAGGUUAUGUGUGGAUUAUCGGCAAUUGAACAAGAUCACAAUCAAGAACAAGUAUCCACUCCUAAGGAUAGAUGAUCUGAUGGACUAG